AUGGCUGCGCUUUCCCUAAUAAGCUCGCUUGCCCAGCGACUGCGACGUGGCCCUGCGCAAUGCGAGGAGCAUUCAGGCGCCAUGUUUGGAGGUGCUGCUGGCAGCUUAGCCGCCUUCGAUGACGUUCCCGACGACUUUCAACUUCCAGAAGGGAGCGUGCAAAAGGGUGAGAAGUAUUUCAAGAAGUAUUGUGCCCAGUGCCAUUCGAUCUAUCCAGACAACCGGCUUACGAGAGCUGGACAGACGCAGAUUGGACCGACCUUGUUCAACAUCUACGGCCGUGCCAGUGGACUGGAAGAGAUUCAGAACAAACAGGGCACAGACCGUGUGGACAACGUCCUCUGGUUAGAAGCAGCACUGAUGAAUUACAUGAAGAACCCGCGCGUUAUGGCACAGGGGCGUGUCCAAAUGAACUUCGCGGGCAUCAAAGACUUCCAGAUACGAGUAGACAUCGUCCACUAUCUCAAAACCUUGGACUGGGCGAACGAGGAACUUGCGAAUCCACCAGAGAAGCCAGCGAGUUUCGCCCCCGUCCGAUGGAUGCAGCAGAUGAACAACAAGUAA